GUCAGUAAAUUGAUUGAUUAUAAAUAUGGUGUUAGUUAGGGUCUUUCAGGAAGUAUUUCAGAAAAGCGUAAUUACGGAGUGAGAUUCUCGAUUGUUCGUGUUCAUCAUCGAUUUGGUUUGCAAAUUUAGAUAAUUUUAGGUUGAGACUACAGAUCGAAAGUGAAAGAUGGCGUUAUCUUUCGACGGUGCGAUGUCGUUAUCUUUCGACGGUGCGAUGUCGUUGGACGAUCAACUGGCGGUGGAAUUCGAAGGACUUGAGGCCCGCAGUGAAAGUGAAAGUAUUGUUGAUUCUUCGCUACCGUGGGAAGAGCAAUGGGCCAUACUUGAUAAGGAAAUUGAAAAACAUAUGUCCUACCGUUCUGAGCUGUUUCCCCACUGGAUUGCUCCGUAUGAUAUCCCUCCUGGGCGCCCCAACUGCUGUGUCCUUGCUUACGAUGAUGCCCGUAAGGAUGAAGUUACACCUGUAGCAACCGACCUCGUCUUGCCUGCCUAUAACAAACAAAAUGGCACUGACUAUGAACUUGUUGAUUGUCUUGAUUGUGUUUUUACUCCGCAUGGGAAAUAUAUUCUUCAUUGCAACUUCACUGCCAAGCCUAAAGAAGCUCCCUUGAAGGCUGGUGAUUUUUCCACUAAGUUGUUCUUUGCUGAUAUACAGCAGGAUCCUAAGGGAAAUUUGGUGCCUGCUACUUAUUCUAUGUUGGACGGUGGUGUGAAUACCAAGCUCGGCUGUGAAUUGUGUCCCGACGUGAUUGCUCAUCCAACCUCUGGACCUGAUGAAGGGCUCAUAUUUUUAAAGCUCAGGCUCAGUCCUUUCUUUAUGCGGACGGCCAAGAAUACUUGUUGAGUGCCAUUUCAACUCCUCGCAAUUCUCGUUGUGUAGUACUCCGUAUUAUUCAAGUUUAAUCCUUGGCUUUGUCUGUGUUGAGGGUACUUUCUGUAAUUUGGUGUUAAUUUAACUGAAUUGAGUUUGUAUUAGUGUUUUUAAACCAAACAAGGUACCAAACAUUCCCCCAUACAUUUCUUUUGUUGGGGUUUUUAUGUAAUAUUAAUUUAGUAAUAUGUCCUUGUGAUGAUAGCUUCA